AUGGCGAAAUGUGACCGUACAUUCCUUGAUGAAAGCGGCGAUGUUCUCUUUAUGCUUCUUUCCCCCAGGCUAACUUCCCAGUCUUUCUAUCUCUCCACGGAUUUGUUGCAAUUGCUCUGA